AUGCCUCCCCGAACCCGCAAGCAGACAACAUGGCACUCUACUCCAGGACGCGUGCUCGGUAGCGGAGCAGAAGUGCCUCCCGUUGUACAGGACAAUGAGGACUACGUACCUGGCGCCAAUGAAGCGGACACGGACGACAUCGACGAGGGCGGCGCGACUGAUGACGCCAGCGAUGUCGAUACCAAAGACUUGCUGCAACCUGUCGGCACUGAAGACGCCAAGGUGGAGGAAGAGGACGAGCCGGAAGAGGAAGAUGAAGAGGCAGACGAGGCAGACGAAGCUGAGGUGGGAGGCACCACGGUGGUCAAGGACGACGGGCCGGCGGCCGACAAGAAAGAAGUCCGAGUCAUAUCGCAGGCUCAGAUGCCUGGCUAUGGCGACAGUGAAGUGAGGAAUAAAGAUGGAAGCUAUGUGUUCACCAAGGGUGGCGGCGUCAAGCUGGAGACCGACAUCGUCGCCAGCAUGAAGACGGACCCACGAUACUUGAACAUCCAGGCGAAGAGCAAAUUGACGCGUAACGCCAUCAUCAAGCGCGCGACCGAGAACAUGAGGGGCAAGCCGACCCAGCAUCACUUCACGGACACGGGAAACAAGGCGUUCAAAGCGGGCGAUUACUCCACCGACUUCUGGGAAGACUGCCUCAUAGGUCCGUUUGUGAAUAAGAAAGUCGUGGAGUUCGACGGAGAACCUGACAGCAUCAAUGGCGAGGCUGACAAAGACAUGAAAAUGUAUAUCCUCCAAGGGUAUCACCAGUAUUGCCACUGUACAAGCUGUACCAAGCGGCGCGGCAAUGACGACCUAGAGAAAGGCAGAGUAGCGGCUAAGUUGAGACUGGAGCGCGACAGAGCGCGUAUACACCAAGAGUCCAUUGACAAGAAGGCGAGAAGGAACAUGCGCAAGACCCCGAAGACACUUAGGUCAGGCAAGGUGGCCGACGAAGGAUGUUCGCUCGGCGAGGACUGGGACGCAUAG